AUGACACUCCUCACCAAUGCCCGCCCUAAAGUCCUUGUGCCUGAAAAGUUGUCACAAGAUGGACUAAGUCUCCUGCGCGAUUCGCUGGACGUACACGAGCGAAAGGACCUCAGUGCCGACGAAUUGCUUGAAAUCAUCCCAGAUUACGAUGCCCUGCUCGUUCGCUCCGAAACUCAAGUCACCGCCACUGUGCUGCGGGCUGCAAAGAACUUGAAGGUUGUAGCGCGUGCAGGUGUUGGAGUUGACAACGUCGAUGUUGGUGAAGCGACAAAGCUUGGAAUCGUUGUGGUCAAUUCUCCCUCGGGAAACAUUGGUGCAGCGGCCGAGCAUACAAUUGCGUUGAUGAUGUCCAUGGCGAGAAAAAUCCCCGAGAGCUGUGCAAGUCUCAAGGAUGGCAAAUGGGAGCGAAGCAAGUUCGUCGGUGUGGAAGUCAAGGGCAAAACAUUGUCGAUAAUUGGUCUUGGGAAAGUGGGGCUGACGGUAGCACGAUUGGCCAAGGGUUUGGGCAUGAAUGUGAAUGCUCUUGACCCAUAUGCGUCCCCGGCAGUGGCAGCUUCAGCCUCGGUUACCCUUGUAUCGUCACUCCCAGAGCUGCUUGCAUCUGCCGACUUUCUGACCAUCCAUACCCCGCUCAUUGCCUCGACUCGAGGAAUGAUUGCGGAAGCUGAGCUCGCACAACUCAAGCCAGGUGCUCGUGUACUAAAUGUGGCUCGAGGAGGAACAUUUGAUGAAGAGGCAUUGCGUGCGGCACUAGAAUCUGGCCACCUGGCUGGUGCUGCUAUCGAUGUAUUCACUUCAGAGCCGCCUGCUCCUGGCUCAUCUGCUGCACGAUUAAUCGCCCAUCCGCGAGCGAUCGUCACACCGCACCUGGGCGCGUCCACAGUAGAAGCACAAGAGAACGUAUCAGUCGACGUGUGCGAGCAGGUCCUUGAAAUCUUGCAGGGAUCGUUGCCACGCAGCGCUGUAAAUGCCCCACUGAUACUACCCGAGGAGUACAAAAAGCUUCAACCAUUUGUGCGUCUCGUUGAGAAGCUUGGCAGCCUCUAUACUCAACACUAUGCUGCUUCCCCUGGUGGAGCCAUGGGCAGAAAUACCUUUGAUCUGAUAUAUCAAGGCGAGUUGGCGAGUAUCAGCAACACAAAGCCGCUUUUCGCAGCUUUGAUCAAAGGCCUGCUUGCGCCUAUCAGCAGUGUAGAGGGACUCAACAUCAAUAUCGUUAACGCUGAAAUGGUUGCUCGCGAGCGUGGCAUCUUCGUCUCAGAGCAACAUUCCCGCGACCCAUCAGAUCACUCUUCCUUCUCAUCGUUGGUCACACUCGUUGCGCGUCCGCCUUCUAGGGCAUCAUCCCGCGCGCCAGCUUCAGGUGACGCCUCAACGGUCUCAGCACCGGAUCAACACCAUCGAAUAAUUUCUGGUACCUGCUCCGGUGAUCAGCCCUUGAUCACUCGCUUGGGCCGAUUUGAGGCCUCCUUUGAGCCGGAGGGGACAUUGUUGAUUUGCGAGAACUAUGAUUCCCCGGGCAAGAUUGGUGUCGUGGGUAACAUUCUUGGCCAGGAAGGCGUGAACAUCAACUUCAUGACAGUUGCUCCUGUUUCAACCAAACUGACCAUCAGUGAAAACCCAAUGAUGUCUCUCCCUACAGAUGACGGCACUCAGGGGCCUGCCGCAAAGGGCGAACAUUUGAAGGAAGCUCUUAUGAUUCUAGGCAUUGACCGGGGAGUCCCUGCUCAUGUUACAGCUGCCUUGGCUAAGGAAAAGGGUAUCUUGAGCGCUUGUGCUGUUACCCUUUGA